AUGAAGUUCUCCACGGGUGGUCUGUUGGCCAGUCUCGCGACUUCUGCACUUGCGGAAGACCUCCUUUUUGUGGAUACCUUUGAAUUUAAAGAGUUUGCGGAGGCAACAUCUGCCCUUGGAUAUACCACAAAGGUAGUCAGUGAAGCACAAUGGAAGACAAUGACAACCGCCGAAUUUGCUGCUUUCAAAGCCAUUGUCAUUGCCGAUCCAGAUUGCUCAACGUCACCUAGUGAUGUCCAGUUCUUGACCGACACCAAGAAUACUUGGGGACCAGCGGUUCAGGGAAACAUUGUCGUCAUUGGGACGGAUCCCACAUUCCACUUCUCCGCUCAACCUGGCGCAAAAGUUUUGAUCGACAACUCCAUCACAUUUGCAGCAUCUGCCAAAAAUCUUGCUGGUGCUCAACAGACUGGUCUCUAUUAUGCUGUGUCUUGUUAUUAUAACAAUGUGGAUUCGGCAAAAGUGGAAUCUCUCUCAUACUUUGGAGACUUCACUGUUCGAGGAAACCUUGAUUGCUACAACAAGGCUCACAUUGUGGCAUCUUCACCGGCACUCGGAACUCUUAAUGAUGCUGCUCUAUCCAGUUGGUCUUGCAGUGUUCAUGAAGCCUUCUCCAGUUACCCAUCUGUCGGAAUCAAUGGUUUCGAAGCUCUUGCUAUUGCUCAAGAUGUCAUCGGUGUCGGAUCCCAAACCUUCGGUGAUAAGACAAUUGGAUUACCAUACAUUAUCAGUCGUGGUACAACGCCAGCGGGAUGUGGCGAUGGAAUUUGGGAAGCAUCAUUGAACGAAGAGUGUGAUGAUGGUAACACAGUAUCCGGUGAUGGAUGUUCAGCAAGCUGCAAAUGUGAAUCUGGUCGUCUAACCGGUGACGGACAUUGUCUUCCAGCUCUUACCAACACGACGACUCCAGUCUACUCUCCCUCUGCAUCUGCCACUAUUCCAUAUCAUUCAUUAGGAUCUGGUGGACUCCCUGGUCCAUAUGGGAACAAAAUUAUCAUUUCAACUAUUGAUCAUAACAGGACUGUGACUGCUACUGUUCACGAUAUUGUCACUGAUCAUGAUACCAAAACUAUUCAUGAUAUCUCAACUGUUACCACAACUUUCAUUCCCCCUCCAUAUGUAACACCUGCAUGCCCAACUGGGGACAAUAUUUUACUUCCUACAUCACAAGUGAUUGCUCCACUGAACACAAACCAAUUUGGAGUACAUCGACAGUUGGAUAUCCUUGCUACGCAUGUGCCUUGUCUAGUGCUGGUGUUCCAUGCCCCAGCGGAAGCUUCAUCACUGCUACCACAACAUCCUGCCACGAAACAGCAGUCCCCACUUCCUACACCUGGACACCAAUCCCACCCACCAUCCUUCCAUGCAAGACAUGUCUGCCAUACACCAUGUCCACAUGUCCAGUCUACAGCACCCUCCCCGAAUCAUCCAUCUACAUGGUGCCAGCCCCAACUCUCGGCACUCACUCGGAACCAGUCGGAACCAGUCGGCCGUGUCCCUGAACCUUCCAUCUAUGUCCCUGCACCAUCCCCACUUACAUAUACCACCUCCAUCUACGGUGUCGGCGUCACAACUUAUAUUACUUACCCCGCCGGCCCAAGCGCAACAACAAUCAUCUCUUACGUUGAAGGUGGAGGCCCUACUACAAUCAUCACAUAUGUGGCUCCAACACCAGCUCCUACCUACGUCGCAACCACGGUGGCGGUUUGCCCACUGGGUGGAUGUAAGCCAACUCCCUCAACUGUGUCGGCAGGUCCAGCUGGAACAUCUUCAGUCCUGGGUUAUUCUACCUACGUCCCAUUCACAGGUGCAGCAGCCCGUCUCGCUGACGCUAAUGUGGCGAUGCUUGUGGCUGUUGUGGGCGGUAUCUUUGGAUUGAUGAUCGUUUUGUAG